ACGCCUUCCAAGCUCGCAAGGCAGGUCGUCAGCCAUCGUCCCUGAUUGAGCAGUGGAGUGGAUUCAAUUCUAUAGGUUUCAGGUCGGAGACUGCGAUGGAGUCCGUUCUGGCUCGCUGUUCUUCGGUCCCUGCAUCGUACAACAUCUCGUCCUUGCAAGCUGCCGAUUCGCGUGCUGCUAGCUCUUGCUCCAGUACUCAGCGGUUCGCGUCUCGGAACUUCAGUGUUAUCGUAUUGAACGCUGGGAAACCGAAACGAGGAGGUUCCAUUAGCAGCCCUCGAAAGUUGUCAAUUCGCUGCGAGGUCGGCAGCGGAACAGUUUCAACAGUUCGUCCAACCGAAUGGUUUCAGAAGCAAUUUGAAUUGUCACCCUUCUCCAGGGGUUGCCACAUUAUAACUCGGAAAAUAGUGAACGCGAUCCCUGAGAUAUGUGAGUUCGAGGUUGGCAUAGCACACAUUUUCGUGAUGCAUACGUCCGCCAGCUUGACCAUAAAUGAGAAUGCAAGCCCUGAUGUUCCGUUGGACAUGGAGGAUUCUCUCAAUCGCAUUGUACCAGAGGGAAAUCAUUACCGUCAUUUGGAUGAAGGUUUAGAUGACAUGCCGGCUCACGUGAAGGCUUCAAUGAUGGGGUCUUCUUUGACCAUUCCGAUCAAAGCAGGCCGGUUGAACCUUGGAAUCUGGCAGGGCAUUUGGCUGAACGAGCAUCGAAAUUAUGGGGGUCCAAGAACGAUCUGCAUCACAAUUCAAGGACAAAAGCGAGCUGACGGAAGGGUUUACAAAUAAUUAGCUUCACCACUGCACCUUCGGCAAAAUUAUUGCUAGUAGCCCAAGUGCAGAGGCUUGCAAUUAUGGACAUCCUUCUGUUUACAAUGUUCAGAACUCGAAAGCUGCAACUGUCAGCCGUCCAUACAUUGGAUCAAAGCUUGUUCAACCUACCAACAAUUUGACGAUCAGCCUGGAGCCCGGAGGAGAAAGCCACGAAGCCUCCGAUCAAGAAGAUAGAAUUUCAUCUAUAAACUUGUAAUAUAAGAACACCACUGUUUUAUCACGA